AUGCCUGCAAGUUCUACUAUGUUCAUGACAAGUUCUAUUGCUUGCGUCGUGGACCUGCUUUUCAUGAACCUGAAUUCUCCGACUGAUUCUGACCUUCAGCAGCCUUUCAAAAAGUUUUUAAAUCGAAUCGAAGACACAACGGCCUUUACGACAAUGACUGAUCAAGAAGUGGCUUUGUCCCGUUCUGGAGCAGUACAAGCAGCGCUGCUUUCCAACUCUCGAAGAAGUGGCCUGUCUUUGGGCAGCCAUUAA